UUGGUUUUUUUUUUUUCCCCUUCCACUUAUAUCCCUGUGUUAUAGCUUACCACUCUUUUAGUUACAUCAGCAUAACUGUUUUUGAAGUUGUGCAAACCAGAUGAUGAAAUGUUUUCAACUAAACUAAGCAAACAUAUUUACCUCUUACCACUCGGCUGUAGGGUCAUACAGUAAUCCACAUUAUAAACAGUUCCAUUGUUACAGCUAAGGGCUAAAUAUACUGCAACAUGGGAAUGGGAAGGCAUUUUGAAGAGGCCCCAGCCAAGAGCACCAUCAUCUUUAUUGCUGUGCAGUACAAUGUCACCUAUACCAUUGAUGACAACAGUGAGCAGUUUCAUUUUUAUGACUAUGGUCCAAAAGACUUUGCCACAAUCUUCUUCUACAUGCUUGUAGCUAUUAAUCUGCAUGCUGUAAUCCAGGAGUACAUAUUAGAUAAAAUUAAUAGACGUCUGCAUUUGUCAAAAACAAAGCACAGCAAAUUCAAUGAAUCAGGACAGCUAGCGUUUUUCUACUUGUUUUCAUUUAUAUGGGGAGCAAGUAUUUUGAAUGCAGAAGAAUUCAUGAUGAACCCAACCUCACUCUGGAAAGAUUAUCCCCAUUCUCGUAUGCUUUUUCAGGUAAAAUUCUUCUAUAUUUGCCAGAUAGCCUAUUGGCUUCACGCACUGCUGGAGCUAUACUUCCAAAGGAUCCGAAAGGAAGAUAUUCCAAGGCAGCUAUGUUAUAUUUGCCUUUACAUUGCUCAUAUCUCUGGUGCCUAUAUAUUAAAUUUGCAGCGUUUGGGGCUAAUUCUGAUGGUACCUCACUAUUUAGUGGAACUCAUUUUUCAUGCCUCACGUCUUUUCUACUUCAGUGAUGAAAACAAGCAAAAAGGAUUUACCAUUUGGGCUCUACUUUUCGUAAUGGUGCGUCUUUUGACCCUAACUUUAUCUGUCCUCACAUUUGGAUUUGGUCUGGCAAGAGCAGAGAAUCCAGGUUUUUCCAUAGCAGAUGGAAACUUCAAUGUACUCCCUGUGAGGAUUGGCUGCCUGGGUGCUGUUUGUCUAACACAGGCCUGGAUGAUGUGGAAAUUUAUAAAUUUUCAGCUGAAGAAAUGGAGAGAGCAUGUUAAGAACCAGAUUUCAAAGAAAAAAAUAACUAACACGAAGAACAAACGAACGAAAAAGGAACCAAACAGAGCUACCUUUGUCAAUGGAGCAGCAAAAUCAGAAUGUGGAGCAUCGCCAAGAAUAAGAAAAUCAAAACCAGUAUGAGAAUACAAGCUAGUAUCAGAAGACAACAUUUGACAGAAAAACAUUUGACUUAAAAAACUGAGACUGCAAAGCUAUUAUUUGGAUGUCUUAUUAUUUCAAUAGACACUAUCAGGUUAUAUUUUUUAAGUAUUUUUGUUAAUAACCCUACAUUUAUGACAAGAUCGUCUUUGAUCUACCUUAACCCAGUAGUCAUCUUAGCUUUAAUAAUGAAAACACAUUAAUUGGUUUGAACUUCUGGUUCUGUGAUCAGAAGUUAUUACAUUUCUGUAAUAUUUGCAUUACACAUGCUUCAGAAGGCUAAGUUAUCUGUCUAUUCAUUUGUGUUUACAAAAUCAAAAUUCUGUACCAAAAAGAUCUUACCAUGUCUGUGUGUUUCCCCCACUCUUCCCUCCCCAAGACUUUUUUCUUUAUUCAUCUUACAUGGAGUAAGAGGUAUAUCUGAAGUAGCCUGGUAAAAAAAGCAAAAAUUGUUCUAUACCUGAUUUCUCUUUAAAAAUUACAGAUUUUGAGAGAGGGCAAAUUCUGACAGGACAUCACUAGUCAUUUUUCAAUAUAAAGGUGAGACUAAUGUUUAGUAAAGAUGCAAAUUGUGUGCCUUGGGAAAAACGCUAGACUGCCUGUUGGAUUUUGCAGUGGAUUGUACUGUCUUGUAUGGGGCAGGGGGAAUAAAAAUAGCUGAUUAAUGUGUUAUAGUCUUAGCCCUUGUGAAAUAAAAGACAAAACUUCCAGAUAUUUCUAAAGAGCCAGUAUUUCAUGCUUGCAGUCAUGUGCCAGACUUUUUUUUUUUUCCUCAACUGUUUUUUUUCCUUUGAUUUAUAACUGGAAGGUCUUAAACUUCUGACUCUACUCAGAAGGUGUUCAAGGGAGGUGCUCAAACAAUACUGCAAUGAAUGUUUCACCAAGCAUAACCCUUUGUCCUUCUUUCUUGACCUGUAGAUAAUAAUUUAUUUUAGUCUGUCUCAAGGGUUUUAUGUCUAUGAAGGUAUUAAUUUGCUCCUUAUGUGAACACUUUAUCUGGAUAUGAUUUUAAUAUUAAUAUGAUUAUAUUAUAAAAAGAUUAAUGGUAUUUUUGUAAUUAACCCUCAUAGAUCUGAGGCUGGUAUCUCAAUGUUGGAUAAGUUUCAUUAACUCACUUUCUUAUUUACCAUAACUUUCUCUCUGCAAAUAGAUUGUAGGAAUAUUACAUUACUUCACUUAAGCCUGUGAAUUUCUACUGAAAAUGUUUACCAUGGAACUAGAAUACAUUUGCUAAUAUUUUUAAUAAACUUUUAAAAUAAUGAAUGCCUUGUUCAAUAGAAGUAUCAUCAUCUGAGCAGUUUUGGUAAAAUUUGCUUAGCCUUCAAGUAUUUCUUGGCAUGCUGCUCACAAGAUAAGGUUUUCUUUGAUGUAUACUGCAACUGUAAGCUUAUAGUCUCUAUAGAUUUCAAUUUGUGCACACCUAAUUUACCAGGCUUUCAAAAGUGAAUCCAGACAGUGGUUUAGGUGCCAGUAUCCACUUCUAGGCACAUAAAACUAGACAAUUUUGAACUUUAAAGAUUUUUUUUUUCUUUCAGUAUCAUUAGAAAGUAUGUUCCUAAUACUGCCACUUGAAUAAACUGAUUACACUCUUAAAUGUUCUUAUUGCAUGACACUCAUGAUGGCCAUUUCAAAGAAGCUUGAAUUUUUUCUUUAAAGAUAGUUUAUUUAAAUGAUUGUUUUAGAAAUACAAAUACAAUGCAAGUAUAUGUAUAGCUACUAUUGUAUUCCAUGUACACAUAUAUUUGAUGUAAGAAUCUCUUCCUUACAGCAUGAUUGAUUUUUUUUUUUUUUUAAAUUAAAAAUCACUGUCUAUAUAUUAAAUAUUUGGAUACAUACUUACAGUAACACCAAAUGCAUUAAAUGAAUUCUAGGCUUCUUAUUGUGAAGAUGUUUCAAAAAACUGUUUGUAACAAAAGGUCUGUUUUAGUUUAUUUAAAGCACUGUUCUUGCAAAUUUCACAGUGAAAUUACAGAUAUAAAGAUAGUUCCAUUGAAUUUAGAAAUAAAGAAAAUGAGCAGGUUGGUGUAGCAACUAGUUCACUAACAAAAAAAAGCAAGUGUAUAUGCUUUUAGAAGUAAACUGAAUUAAGGCAGUGAUUCUUAUGAUUUUUGUUUGUUUUUCAUUGGCUUGCUAAUAGAGAAUAUGUGAAAGCUGAAAUGUGAAGUGGCGGUUAAAUCAGAUGAAGAUGAUUUGUUUUUCUUUAAAUGUCUUUUUUUCUGGCUGAGUGAGAAUAAGGAGUCAGAACAGUAGAACUCAGGUGAAAAAGGAGUACUUAGAUGUAUUUUAAGCAACUUCUUUCUUUUUUAAAUUUACAAGACUAAGACAUUUCUGAGCUUAUCUUGGCAAUUACUUUUAAAAAUCCUUUUAUACUGUUUAAUUGAAAAUUCGUUGGUUUGUUCCAUGGUUAGAAAACACUGCCACAUUCAGGGUUUGUUCUAUGUGUUAAGCACAAUAUUUUAUAGGGAAGGUAUGAGACAUAGGUAAUCAACUAUGAAUUCCCAAGUGCUUGACAAUUUCUUUUGAAUUGCAGCUUUCAAAAACAUUGCCAAAAAUGUCUAAUGUCUUUGAAAUUGCUUAUCUUUAACCAAAUACUUAAACCAAUUCCAAACCCCUCGUGUCAUAGCAACAUCUGAGGUAAAUCCAGGCAUCUUGUUAUGGAGUCAAUAAACCAAAAGGCACAGUAGAAUUUUCAUACAGAAGUGCUUAGCUGAAUGAGACCUAAUUAAAGCCAAAUCUAAGCCAAGGGUAACGAGAGUACUGCAAAGUCAUGUUUAUGUCACAGAGUAUCUUCAAAAGUCUUAGAAACACAGGUGCUAAGUGCCAUGAAACAGACAAGUCAGCCUAUGCUUGAGGUCUAGGAUAAAGACUGCAGCAUGUUAGGGUUGUGUUUGGUGGGGUUUGUUUUGUGGAUUGUUGUUGGUUGGUUGGGAUUUUUUCUUUUUUUGUUAUUUAAAUAUAGCUUAGUUUUUUUGAGAACUAAGCUGAUUGUAUUUUAAACUUUUUUCAAUAUUAUGAAUGUCACAGUAACAAUCAAAUUAGACACCGAUUUCUUCCUGUUUCAACCAUGUAGCCUUUGCUGAACUUGCAUAAAAUCUGUCAGCGCAGAUGUUGAGGCAUGUUCCCUAGUGAUGUAAUAUUGUAAUGAAUGAUCCUAUUAAGCUCUCUUUACAUUAGUUUAAGAUUUUAAUUUAUGUAAAUCAUAAGACUUUCAGAGCAACUGUAUGUUGUAUCUUGUCACAAUCUAAUUGUUAAUUCUUAUGUCAGAGGUCCUUUGCAAGUAGUCAUAUGCACAUCAAAAUAUAAAAUAUUACUGUGCAUCUGCUUUCUGGCGAAACCAAAUUUAGGUCCUCUUAACCUUCCUUUUCUCUUAGUGAGUAUGUAAGAGUUGUUUUAUCUCCUGAAUAUUCUUUUAAAGGUAAGAGGAAGGGCAUCUUUUAGGCAGUGCAGAAAAGCUUACAUUACAAAUCUGUACCUCUGUUCUUGAACUGUAUAAAAGGAAUGAACAGAUUGUCUUGGGUUUUAAAAGCAGAGUAACAGGAAACCUUUAGCUGAUAUAUUUUACGUUCUCCUCUUACUGAAGUUUUGAGUUGGCCACAUGAAGUGGAAUAGAGUGGAGGCUGUAUGGUGGCAUAGCAAUGUGGACAACAGUGUUGCUCUUGCCUGCUCCUGUUCAAGUCUACUAAAAACUGAAAUCAUUCAGAGCAGGUUCUAAAAAUGCAGGAUGUUGUCUGGGAGCUGGAGUUUUAAGCAAGUUCUGAAAAAUGCUAGAAUUUCUAAAUGCUCAGUCUCGUUGAAUGCUGUGUAACUCUGUAAAUAAUUAGUUUCAUUUUUUUU